AUGAAGUGGACUGCUGGAAUUCCUGGAAAGGAAAGCACUGAUUGGGAAGGAGGAGUCUUUCAGGUUUCGAUGGAGUUUUCGGAAGAUUAUCCCUCCAAACCUCCCAAAUGCAAAUUUGUUCCUCCCCUCUUUCAUCCCAACGUUUAUCCCUCGGGCACCAUUUGUCUUUCCAUUCUGAAUGAAGAAGAAGGCUGGCGCCCCGCUAUUACCCUCAAACAAGUCUUGAUUGGAAUCCAAGAUUUGCUAGAUGAUCCCAACCCAAACUCUCCAGCUCAAUCGGAAGCCUAUAAUUUGUACAUGAACAACAAGACGGAAUAUCGACGAAGGGUGCGACAGGAGGCGGCCAAGAAUACUCCGCAAGACUAG